AUGGAGGUAUUCGAUACCAAAACCAAAACUUGGGCGUUUUUGCCGAGUCCUGGCCAAGAGAUAGGUGAUAGCUUUGAGCACUACGAAAAUGUAGCGGUGGAAGGAAGUAUCUACGUGCAAUCCGAGAGAAAAAGGAAAACUUACAAGCUGCAUAAAGGUAAAUGGAGAGCGGCAGACCUAGCAUUGACUAUGGGAUGUGCAACUAUGCUUCCACCGUUAUGUCGUGUGAUAGAGAAUGUGGUGUACCGUUAUGAUUCUGGAGAUGUCACUUGGUAUGACUUUAUUGAUAGACUAUGGAGAAAAGUGCAGGGAUUGGAAGGAAAACUACCUCACUCUCGUAAUACUGAUAAUUAUCGAUUGGAAGAUUAUGGUGGGAAAAUGGUGUUUUUGUGGGAAGAACAUGGGCAUACUAAGAAUGUUCAAAACAAAACAUUAGUUUGGUGUGCUGAAAUUUCACUUGAAAGACGCCAAAGAUUGGAGAUAUGUGGAACGAGUUACUGCUUGUUGACGAGCUACUGUUUGUUCUUUUAA